AUGAAUGGUCUGUUUUUUCAAGAGUAUUGGGACAUAGUGGGGAAGGAUGUCACAAAGGAGGUUUGCGAGUUUUUCAGGUCUGGUAACCUUCCUAUGGAGUGGAACUUUACGCAGAUAUGCUUGAUACCAAAGAUUGCUCAACCGACGAAGAUGGUGGAUCUUAGGCCAAUAAGCCUAUGCUCUGUUCUAUACAAGAUUGUAGCCAAGGUUUUAGUGGCUCGCCUUAAGCCAUUACUGGAGUAUAUCGUGUCGCCGACGCAGUCAGCCUUCGUUCCAGAGAGACUGAUAUCGGAUAAUAUCAUCAUUGCCCACGAGAUGGGGAAGAUAAAGCCAAGUAGAGGGCUUCGACGGGGUGACCCUCUAUCACCCUUUCUCUUUGACAUUUGCACUGAAGGUCUAUCACACAAACUAAACGAGGCUGAGCGGAGGGGUGAAAUCACGGGAAUUAAGUUCCCUGAGGAGGGACCUGCAGUUCAUCAUUUGUUUUUCGAUGAUGACUCCUUGCUAUUGCUUAGAGCGAAUGAAGAAAAAGUUGCGACGGUUUGCAAGAUUUUGAAAGAGUAUGAAAAGGCUUCUGGUCAAAUGAUUAGCUUACAUAAAUCAGCGAUCACUUUUGGUAAAAAAGUCUCAACUGGAAUGAGAUUGAAGGUUAAAGAAAUCUCAGGGAUCAUCAAUGAAGGCGGCACUGGCAAAUAUUUGGGCUUGCCUGAAUGCUUUAGCGGCUCCAAGGUAGAAAUGCUGCAAUAUAUCCAUGAGAAAAUGACAUCAAGGUUCCAAGGCUGGUAUGGUUGCUUUCUAUCUACUGGAGGAAAAGAAGUGUUGUUGAAAUCUGUAGCAAUGGCAAUCCCGGUCUUUGCAAUGUCGGUCUUUAAGCUCCCAAAGACAACAUGUAAGAACCUCACAAGUGCAAUGGCUAAUUUUUGGUGGAAUGCUCAAGAGGGGAAAAACAAAAUGCACUGGGUCUCCUGGGAUCGGAUGUGCCUUGAUAAGAAGGAUGGGGGUUUGGGUUUUAAAAACAUAGAAAAAUUCAACCAAGCCUUGCUGGCAAAACAGGGGUGGCGUUUGCUAAUGGAGCCUGAUUCUUUAUGUGCACGAGUGAUGCAGAGUAUUUACUAUCCAAAUGGAGUUUUUCUUGACGCUACGCUUGGAGCUAGGCCGUCAUAUGCGUGGAGAAGUAUCUUGUGGGGACGUGAGCUCUUGGUGAAGGGUCUAAGGCGCAAUGUGGGAACGGGGGAGACCAUUAAUGUAUGGAUGGAUAAAUGGCUUUUUGCUGCAGAACCCAUGCUCCGAUGA